AUGAAGCGCCAGCUCAUGAGCACUGGUAGCCCAGCCAUCCACCUAGCCAACACCGCGUCGACCAUUGCUACGAUCCCAUUACUACCGUCCAUCGGCAGCAUCAGCCCUGCCAAUACCACGACCACCUCCCGGUUCCCGGUCGUCGGUACCAGCAGCCUUCUCAACCCUCUCAAGCUCGAGUACUGCAAGUACCAGGGCUGCGCUAACUUCGGGAAGAUGCAGGGGUACUGCCACGACCACAUUCACGGGCGACCAGCUCCUCUAUUCCCGUCCCCGAACCAGACGCCGUUCGUCCAGCCGACUACCAACCCGCUCCCAAGCCUCGUGCUACCGUCUCCAGCCGCGCAGCCUCAGUAUCUGCCAGCAUUGAGAACAGUGGUGCCCACGCGUCCUCGUGACCGCCAGUCGGUGUCCGUAUCGGCGUACCAAAGCUACGAUCCGUCCGUACAGCCCGGUAGCCCCAUGUACACUACCACAGCAGUGACCUACAGUGCACGGUCUCCUAUCUUCACUAAUAAUACGGUGUUCCUAUCGGCGACGCUGAACAAGAAGCCCCGCAUCGUAGCUAGCCCCACCCCAUCCACCAGCAGCACCGGCAGCUCCAAACCAGUAGCCAAGUGCCGUCGUGACGGGUGUGUCAAUGACGCCCGACGCAAAGGUCUUUGCAUGGAGCACGGCGGACGUCACUUCUGCAAGAUGCCCGGCUGCCACAAGUGUGCUCACCGCGGUGGCUUCUGCAUCUCACAUGGCGGCGGCCGUCGCUGUGCGGUGGCCAACUGCACUAAGAGUGCUCAGUCCGGAGGCAUCUGCUACUCACACGGAGGUGGCAAGCGUUGUGCGACCGAGGGCUGCACUCACGCAGCUCGUAGUGGCGGCUUUUGCAUCAAGCACGGCAAGCAACAGCGAGCACUUAAACAACAGCAGAGCUAA